AUGUCCCCUGACAUUUAUAAUGCCCUUCCUAAUCUUGAGAUAGACCAUUACGAGGAGAAAGAGAAGGAGUGGAAGACCGAGCGUGAAAAGAAAUUGCUAGCCAUGAAUGAAGAGAUUAUGAGAAUCAAGGAAUCUCACGGGGCAGGUGAUAAUGAUGCUUUGGGGUAUGAUGAUUUAGGUGUGCACCUCGAAGUAGAUCUACCAGAAGGUUACAAGAUCCCUAAAUUUGAAGUGUUUAACGGAGCAGUGGGGAACAGUACCGAGGAUUGUAUUAACUUGAAACAUAAGAUCCAAGAUUUGAUCGAUCAGAAGGUCAUCACGCUUCAGUCACCGACACCAAAUGUUAACAGUAAUCCACUGUCUAAUCACGGGGGACCUACAGUUAACAUGAUUGAAAUAGAGGGUGAAUGGGCAUUGAGCAAGGCCAUCACUAAGAUUCUACCUCUCAACUUUUGCCCUGUAAGCAACUAUAAUAAUAUUUGCUCACUUAACAAAACAUUACACGAUCUUCUCCAAUGUGGAUCUUUAACCUCUGCGCUCCACUUGUUUGAAGAAAUGCCUAAACGUGAUGUUGUUACAUGGAAUAUUAUGAUUUCUGGAUAUAGUCAUAAUCGGUUUCCAAGAAAAUCGCUACGCUUGUAUAACAAAAUGGUUUCUCAAGGUAUCAAGGAGAAUUCAUCCACUUUCUCUUCUAUGUUAAGCAUAUGUGGUAAUGCUGGUUUAUACAAAGAAGGGAUUGAGAUUCACAGUAGAGUUGUUGUUUUGGGAUUUAGUAUGAACAUUUAUAUUGCCAGUGCACUUGUUAAUAUGUAUAUACAAAUGGGUCUUAGGGAUGUUGCCUUCAAAUUGUUUUAUGACUUACCUAAACGAAACUUACCUGUGUGGAACUUGGUUUUACGUGGAAUUUGUGAAUUGGGUGGGUCCAGUACUGAGUUCUUAAGGUUGUAUAGUGAUAUGAAAUUGGAGAAUGUGGAGCCGAAUGGGCUUACAUAUAGUUAUUUGAUUCAUGGUUGUUGUAAAAAGAGACUUCUUGAUAAGGGUACGCAGCUGCAUUCACAUGUAAUUAAGACGGGAUGGUUAGAAUCAAAUGUCUUUUUAGCUAAUGCAUUGGUGGAUUUUUACUCUGCUUGUGGCAUUUUGGUUGAUGCCGAUAAAGCAUUUGAAUGUAUUCCACGUCAGGAUGUUAUUACAUGGAAUUCGAUGGUUUCCGUCUAUGCUGCCAAUGAUUUAUUCCAUGAAGCUGUGCGAGUCCUAGAAGAGAUGAGAUUGUGGGACAAACAUCCAUCUGCUAUGUCUUUCAUAGCAUUGUUGAAUUUAACAAGCCGCAGAAAGGAACUGCUAUUGGGAAAACAAAUGCAUAAUUUUGUUAUAAAAUUGGGUUUAGAUUAUGGAAGUGUCCUCAUUCAGUCGGCUUUGAUUGAUAUGUAUGGGAAAAAUCAUGACAUUCAAAGUUCAAUUACUGCAUUCCAGUGUACCCGUGAGACAAGUCUCGAAUGUUGUAAUUCAAUGAUGACAUCUUUGCUGCAUCUUGGUUUCUUCCAAGAUGUGUUUGAGAUUUUUAGUCGGAUGGUUUGUGAAAAUAUUGUGUUUGACGAGGUGAGUUUGUCCUCAACAAUAAAGGCAUUAUCAUUGUUAUCCACUCCUAACUUGGAUAACUGUGCGUUGUUGCAUUGUUGUGCAAUAAAAUCAGGUUUUGAUUCUGAUAGUGUUGUCUUAUGUUCUCUGAUUGAUGCAUAUUCAAGAUCCGGACAUCUUAGAUUCUCUCAGCAGACAUUUGAAGCACUUCCCUCACCUAAUAUCAUCGGUUUCACUUCAAUAAUCAAUGCAUAUGCUCGGAAAGGUAUGGGAAGUCAAUGCCUUGCAGUGUUUGCAGAAAUGAUCCAAAAGGGUCUAAAACCAGAUAAAGUAACGUUCUUGUGUAUACUGUUGGGCUGCAAUCAUUCAGGUCUAGUCGAAGAGGGGAAAAAGAUUUUUGAAUUUAUGAGAACUUUUCAUGAGGUCUAUCCAGACAGGCGGCACUAUUCAUGUAUGGUGGAUCUUCUAGGCCGUACAGGUCUACUCAAUGAGGCAGAAGAGCUGCUAAUGUCUGCAUCAUCGUCAGGAGAUUCUAUCAUGUGGAGCUCACUUUUGCGAAGUUGCAGGAUUCAUCAAAAUGAGCAUGUUGGAAGAAGAGCAGCUAAAAGGUUAAUGGAUCUUGAGCUAGAGGAUCCUUCUUUUUGGUUACAGGCCUCAAAUUUUUAUUUUGAAAUUGGGGAGUUCGAGACUGCCGUAUAUAUUAGAGAGGUCGCAGUGGCGAGGAAGAUGAGCAGAGAUAUUGGCUAUAGUUUAAUUCGGAAUGGAGGGGCUUCCUCUGCCGCUAUACCUUUGAAGCAAGGACAUUGUGCUGCUUGUGAACUGACUCCACUACCAAAAUACAAGUUUCAGAAGAAAUUUUUGUGCCUUGUUAGGUCUCUCCAAUUACCAAGAAGCUUUUGUCUAGUGCUCCUUUUCUUUUUCAAGAUUUUCACAUUUGUUGAUGAAGUAAAACUACUGCAAUGGUAA